CCUUUAUUGCACUCUCUCUAAAACUGCCUCUCCAUCUCUUUGGAUUCUUUUCUCUUUCUCUCUCUCUCUCUUACUUAAUGAGGGAUGAGAUUCGGAUUAAAACCCCACUACUCUCAGAAAAAUAAAAUAAAACCCGAGGAAAAAACCAUUUGAACUUAUCUAUAAAAAAAAACCCAAAAAAAUAAAAAGAGAGAAAAAGAAAUAAACAGAAGUUGGUGCAAAUACAAUGAAACCUCCCAGAACAAACCAGAACACACAUGGGGGCUGUUGAGCUUUUUCACUCCAUUUAAGCGUGCGUGCUCUCAUUCUUGGAGAGGCUCCUGCUCUGUUUGUCUUGCCCUCGCUGGACUUUUGCAGAAAGAGCCGGUGGUUUUGAUUCAUGGGUUAGAGAGCAGUGACGUCGCCUUCUGUGGUGGUGAGAUGACUUAAAAUAGGUUUUUUUAAAUAAUAAAAUUGUUGUUUUGAUAUUUUUAUUUGUGUGGUUAUCUUUGAUGGUGUUGUUGAUAGCGCAGAGAGUAUCAGAUGCUUUAUGUUGCUUCUGUGUGAGGGUUUGAUACCAAAAGCGGGCCCUUUCACUCUUUUGCUUCCUUAAUCUAAUACAAUCUUCUUUCUCUCUAUCUCUUUGCACUUAUCCGUACACAGAAGCAGAAAAAAAACUUAAACCCUUCUCUCUCUCUCUCCACUAUCUCUUUCACAAAAAUAUCUGAUACCAACAGAAAGGGAAAAAAAAUUCAGUUAUUUGAGGAAAAAAAAUCAGUUAUUUGAGGAAAAAAAUGAAGGGGAAGCAAGUUCAAGUUCAUCAUCACCAAGAUCUGCAUGCAGGAGAUCUUCAUCAUCACCACAUGAAAGAUGUAAAUAUUCCAAUCUCAGAUGGGUUUGGUGGUGGUGGUGCCAUGGAGGAACUGGAAGAUCAGGAGGAUAAUUUGGGUGUGGACCCAAGUGAGAUGUGGCUUGAUGACAAUGACCAAGAAACUGCUCUCCUUGCUGAUGUCAAUGACCCUUCCAUCUUCUACAAUGACCACUUCCCUCCUCUCCCUGAUUUCCCAUGCAUGUCAUCUUCUUCCUCCUCAUCUUCAACCCCUGCACCGGUCAAGUCGGUCACUUCAUCGUCCACCUCGUCCUCAGUCUCCUCGUCCUCCUCCGCGGCCUCCUGGGCCAUCUUGAGAUCGGACGCGGAGGAAGAUGGGGAGAGAAGGCAGCAGCACCACCAUAACAGUUACAACCACCGCCACCAGUACUCACAGGCUGAUGAUCAGGCGGUUGAUGUGCAUGCCUUGUCCUCCACCGCCUCGAUGGAGAUCUCUCAGCCGUCGGAUCUCGGCAGGGAAGGCGGAGCCAUGGAUUGCAUGGGUGCGAUGGAGACUUUUGGGUACAUGGAUCUGUUCGAGUCCAAUGAGUUUUUUGACCCCUCCUCCAUUUUCCAAAGUGACAGCCUUUUAAUGGAGCAGUUUCAACAAGAUGACGACCACCAGCAAUUACUAGCGCCCCACCAAUUACAAGACCCUAAUGAAGCCACUGCAAUUAUUCCUCAACAAGAACAAGAACAAGAAGUUGCAGUUCGUGAUGACGAGAAUAACAAGAAGGAUGAUCAGAAAGAGAACAAGGAGCCGGACGACAUGGCCAUGGUGUUCUUGGAGUGGCUGAGGUCAAACAGAGAGACGGUCUCCGCUGAAGACUUGAGAAGUGUGAAGAUCAAGAAGUCGACAAUCGAGUGCGCGGCCAGGCGGUUGGGCGGAGGUAAAGAGGCCAUGAAGCAGUUGCUUAAACUUGUGCUUGAGUGGGUUCAGACCAACCAUCUCCAAAAGAGGCGCGGUAAUAGUCUUACCACCAAAGACGCCGAUAUUGUUGCCCAACAACAGUACCAAGACCCUUUUCAAAACCCUAACCCUAACACAAGCCCUAGAGUUCUUGAAUCAAACCCUUCUUGUAGUUUCACCCAAACUCCUUGGAUGGCACCUCCGCCACAUGCAGCCUAUGAUCACGCCGGGGGAAUCCUUGUCCCCACUCCGCCUCCGCCGCCCCCUCCGGCAGCUUACCCUUCAAUGAUGGGGUACAUAGCGCCUGACCAGUAUGUUAACGGGCCAGGUCCAUACCAACCAUCACCGGAAUAUCAUCACAUGAUUGAUUCUGGGCAAUCUACCUGGCCGUCGUCUCCGUUUGGCAUGGGAACGGCCCAUUACGGGUCGUUCCCGGACAAUAACAUUCACCUAGCCCCUCCUCCACAGCAUCAUCCCCAGGCUUUUGGGUAUGGAAGUCAAUACCAGCCUUACCAGUAUUUUCCAUUGAAUGGUGAGCAUCAAUUGAUGAGGUUAGGGUCUUCAGCUACGAAAGAGGCGAGGAAGAAGAGGAUGGCGAGGCAGAGACGACUUGUGUCACACCAUAGGCAUGGACAUCAGCAGCAGCAGCACCUUAAUGUUCAAAUGCCGGAUCAUCUUCUUCAUCAGCAGCACACAAGGCUUGUUGGGAACGCAGGCGAUCUGAAUUGCGCUAAUUCUGUGCCGCUACAAGCCAAUCCGGGCAACUGGUUUUACUGGCCCACUGCUACGGCGGCCCCGGCCAUGAUGCCUAGCAUUACACAAGAGGCUGCACCGCCUCCUCCAGUGCAGCAGAUGGAUCGGCCGGCUAGUACUCAAGCACAGAAUUACAGUCAGGGGCGUAGUGCUGCACAGGAAAGGCAGGAGAGGCGCCAGGGAUGGAAAUCUGAGAAGAAUUUGAAGUUUCUUCUGCAGAAGGUGUUGAAGCAGAGCGAUGUGGGUAGUCUUGGAAGGAUUGUGUUACCAAAAAAGGAAGCAGAAACCCAUCUUCCAGAACUGGAGGCAAGAGACGGGAUUUCCAUCCCAAUGGAAGACAUUGGGACUUCUCACGUGUGGAACAUGCGCUACAGGUACUGGCCCAACAAUAAAAGCAGGAUGUAUCUCCUAGAAAACACAGGAGAUUUUGUGAGAGCCAAUGGACUCCAAGAAGGGGACUUCAUAGUCAUCUACUCAGACGUGAAAUGUAACAAAUAUAUGAUACGAGGAGUGAAGGUACGGCAAGCCGGGCCAAAAUCAGAGGGCAACAAAAGGCCGGGAAAGUCGCAAAGGAACCAGCAUGCAAACACUCCAGCUGGCACUAAUGGUUCGUCACCUUCCUCAGUCUCAGCCUCAGCCUCAGCCACACACAGGAAACAGUAAAGUGAGAGACAAAGCAAGCAAGCAAACGAAAUCGAAACAGAAGGCCACAUCUUCCUUCUUUGUUUUUCUUACUUUUUUUUCUCUCUUUCAUGCAUGAAAAUGGAUGGACAGAUGGACGGUGAAGAUUAGCCUGGGGGGUUGUUGAAGCUCCUCCUCAUCGUUAAUUGGUCGAUUUUCUCUCCAGUCAAAGUCAAUGUAGAUUACUGUCUCCAAAAGCGAUCACACUGCGUUUUGAAAAUAUUCAAGCUUUUUUGCGCAGGUUGGUUCAGUCGGUAUGGCAGGGCUUUUGGUUUUAGAGAUGAAAAAAAAACCAUCUGACGUAUAGAGGGUUCAAAAUAGUGUAUGAUUAUAUAGAUGUUUUGGGGUUGCAGUGUCAAAAUAUGACCCCAAUUAAGUGUUAAUUAGUGUCUGUUUUGUCUUGUUAAUCAUUGAUGUUGUAUUUUGUAGAACUUAAUUCGUAAAUGAUGUAUAUGAGGAGGGAUGUAUAAUGCUCGCUCA